AUGAGCCUUGACGACCCGCUGUCUCUUCUCCACGCACAGAAGGUGUACUUCACCCAGAGACUCAAGGAGAUCACUGCUAUCGGUGGUCUUUUUGCUUUGGUGCUCGAUAAGCAAACAGAGGCCUUGCUCCUUCGACUUUUCUCCAAGGACGCUUUGCUCCGCAUUGUCACUACCAUUGAGAAUAUUGAUGCUCCCAGGAAGCUCCAGCAGUUUCUCCAGGCCAUUUACCUUCUCGAGCCGCUGGUGUAUAACCUCAAUUGCAUCUUGGCCGAUGUAAAGGUCAAUCGGUAUAAGAUGGGCCACGGCUUGUUUGUGCCUUUCUCCCAGUGGGAAACAGAGACUCUUCGUUAUUUCCAGUCGACAAAGUUUAUCGGAAGCCCUGAGGUUGCCAGCUACUUUGGCGGUGACGGUUCCACGGCUUGUUUCGUCCAGGCGUCUAUGUUUCCGUUGGAAUCGAGAGUUUUCCUUACAGGAAACGUUCCUUACAACUCCAUGCCUGUUUACUUUAAUGAUAAUUGCAGUGAGUUGGUUUUACCUCAAGUUCGGAAAGCUGCCAAAGCCAUUGUCAAUGCUAUAAUUGUGGCAGAAGAGUACCCACUUAUACGUUUCUAUGCCCUGCCGAAAGCCACCCACCAGGCUGCUCGUUUGCCUGAACUUAUAGCCGACGAGGUCCAGCGCCAAUUGGACGACUACCUUCGUGCUAACACAGAUUACCCACCAAAAUCGUCUUUGGAGAAGCCUAGAGCUAUUCUCUUAGUCACAGAUCGUUCCAUGGACUUGUUUGCUCCACUUUUGCAUGAGUUCUCGUACCAGGCCAUGGCAAUGGACAUUGUCGAGAGCUUGGAGAGAGAAUGUGUCUACAAGUAUUCAUCUGAGAACGAAAAAGGUGAACAACAGGAAAUGACUUCUGACUUGGAUGCUGAAGAUGACGACCUCUGGAUCUCUCUUCGCCAUACGCAUAUCAUCGAAGCGUCAGAAUUAAUCAUCAGCAAGAUCAAUGAUCUUAUCAAGAACAACCCUAUGAUGGUGGACCGUUCGAGAGCCAAGACAUCUUCUGAUUUAAUGUAUGUUGUGGCUCACUUGCACGGUUUCGAUGAAGAGCGUCGUCAAGUUACCUUGCACAAGACAUUGAUUGACGAAAUCUUAGAUAUCAAUGCAUCGAGAAAGUUGGCUGAAUUUGCUGCUGACUUUGAGCAGACCUGUUGCGCGGAAGGUACGUCUUUUGAAGGAAUCCACAAUAAGAAGUUGCAUGAAGACUUGAUUGUUUUGCUCGCUCGUGAAGAUUUGCAUGUCAAUGACAAGAUGAGACUCGUCCUCAUCUAUGGUCUUUAUCGUGGAGGUCUCGCGGAGUCUGACUUUGUGAAGCUUGCCAAAUUCAUCGGAGUCAAGAACACCCAAAUUGUUUCUCUCGUCCUGAGAUGUUUUUACAACCUCCACAAACUCGACUUCCCAAUUGUGAAGAAAACUGUCAAGGAUAAAAAGGUCGAAAGGCAGUUUUUCCACACCAUCAACAACGAAGGUACUUACAACACCUCAAGAUUCGCACCAGGUCUAAAAAGAGUACUCUACAAUGCUGCGAAGUACGAAUUGGACGAAGACUGGUUCCCAUACUUCCGUGAUAAGCCAAUGGCCGAGGAUGUACCAAAGGGCAAUGGCCUCAAUCCAGGCAUUGACAAGAACAAUUCCAUUCGUAAUCCAAGAGUGAAGGCAUCAUGGGCGCCAUCUGCUUCAAGACACGGCUCGGCACCAAGAAACAACAAAAACAAACAAAGGAUCUUCUGCUAUGUGGCUGGCGGUGUGACAUACUCAGAAAUGCGGCUGGUGUAUGAGCUCUCUCAGGCUCUCGACAAGGACAUUUACUUGGGCUCAGAGUCGGUGCUCAAGCCCCGUGACUUCUUAAUUGGUCUUCAGAACAUCGACGGAGUGAAGCAGCCGGACCUGCUCGAGAUUCCUCUCUACGACGAGAUAACAAGACCCCGGACGCGGGCGCCAUCGUAUUUAUUCGAGGUACCGAAGCCACCCUCGCAGCCAGCAACUACUGCCGCCCCACGUCCAUCCACCUCUGCAACCCCAAGCCAACAGAACGUCAAACAGCCACCACCACAGCAAUGGGGCCAAUCCGGGUUCGGCAGUGCCAGUCCAAACCCAGAAUUGCCGCCCGACACGGUUGGUUCGAAUACUCCGCUGCACUAUCAGAAGCGGACUAACCAGUAUACUACGGAUCUAAGCGGAGAAAAAGAAAACCGCACCAAGGAGAAAAAGCCGUCCAGAUUUAAGAGAUUAUUCAAGUAA